AUACACCUGUGCCAACCUGUGUCCUACCUGCAUCACAUCGCUCUGCGCAUGCGCUAAUCAAAAAUAUCAAUCAAAAAUCGCGUGGGCCGCCAUAUUGAUAAAGUGCUUUGUAGUUUAAUGGCUUCGGAAGAUUUUUAACAAUGAUUUAUUCAAGUGAUUUACCUGUAAUGGCAUGAAAUGUGCUUGAAUCUUAUUGUUUUUCUCGCAUGAUCGGCUGUGGAGAAUGUGGCUACGUAGCGAGAAGCGUGGCGUCAGGGGCUUGCGCAAAUUUGGAUUAAACUCCAACAGACGGCAGCAGUCACACUCUAGGAAGAAGUCUACUUGGGUACCCAAGUCCAAGUCACUGUCACUCUACAGGAACAUCAAGAAUUCAAAAAGAAACUACCAGGGGGCUUCUAAACCGCUAGAAAAGGCUGCCAACGCGGUAUCAGAGGAGCUGAAAGAGAACUACCAAGUCCAGGUGGUGCCAGAGAUAUAUGAAGAGCAGAGUGUUGUCUGUAACGUAAAUAAUGCUACUGUCAGAGAUAUGGCACAGACAGAAGGGUACUACUACACUGAAACUACUGAAUCGACUAGCAGUGACGAAAAGGAGCCAGAGAUCAUGGAUACUGACCUUCCAAAGGAAAUGGAAUAUUCGUCCAUAGAGCUGGUUGGUAAUUUACAAGUUGCUAACAACAAUGAAUUUACAGAUAAAAUGCAAUUCAACAUCACCCAGAAGAAAGCUUGUGAAUAUAGAAAAGAAAAAUACAAUGCUUAUGGAUUGGAGUACUCGGAGGAAGAAGCUAUUUGUGAUAACAUGUACUAUGAGUAUCCAGGAGGCUAUCAAGAUCUGCAGAUCGACAUGACAGACUUAAACAAUGUUACCACCCAAGAGUUUACCAACCUGCUGGAUGAGGAGAUGACAAAAAAUCUGAAUUGUGCUAAUGUUAUCUAUGAUUACACCUCCAUAUAUACCUCGGCUAUUUCUAAUAACAUCAUUGCGAGCGUUGAAGCUCCCAAUGAGGUUGAAAGGCUUGACAGAAGGCCAGAACAUGUUGAGGUGGUUGAAGACACUUGGGAGGCGUUUGAUCCAUAUUUAUUUAUCAAACAUCUGCCGCCACUAACAUUCGAGAUGAGGUCCAAGUGUCCGGCAUUGCCGCUCAAGACGAGAUCCAGUCCAGAAUUCAGUUUGGUGCUAGAUUUAGAUGAAACCCUGGUGCAUUGCAGUCUACAGGAGCUCAAGGAUGCCAGUUUUCAUUUCCCAGUACUUUUCCAGGAUUGUUCUUACACUGUUUAUGUGCGCACUAGACCGUUCUUCCGAGAAUUUAUGGAAAAGGUGUCUCAAAUAUUCGAGGUAAUUCUCUUCACUGCCUCAAAGAGAGUGUACGCUGAUAAGUUGUUGAAUCUACUGGAUCCAGAGAGGAAGUGGAUCAAGUACAGGCUGUUUCGAGAACACUGUAUUUGUGUAAAUGGGAAUUAUAUCAAAGAUCUCACCAUUCUAGGCAGAGAUUUGUCUAAAACUAUCAUCAUUGAUAAUUCCCCGCAAGCUUUUGGAUACCAUUUGAACAAUGGGAUCCCCAUAGAGAGUUGGUUUGAAGAUAGAAGUGACUCGGAACUCAUGAAGUUGUUACCAUUUUUAGAGAACCUCGUACAAGUGAAUGAAGAUGUGAGGCCACACAUCAGGAACAAAUUCAAGCUUUUCAGCUACUUGCCGCCAGACUAAGACCUCCAUCUGUCAUAGACAAUCUCUCAAAUAAAUUUCAAAAUGAUUUUUGAAUUUCUUUUUAUGUUUGUAUUUGUAUGUACUGUUAAAGUACUGACUGACCCUCUUUGAAACUGUUCUGAAAAAUUUAAAGGUAAAAUUAUUAGAAUAUUUAUAUGGUGCCUUCAAAAUUGACGUUCUUUAUAUUUUGUUGGUACUUUUUUGGCAUAUCGUAGCGAUUAUUGGUCGCUUUAGGCCAUUUUUCUAAAAAUAGUGUUUUUUUUUUCUUUAGUUGCUGAAUUGUCAGUUGUCCACAGUAAUAAUGCAAAAAAUAGAUGUCACGAGAUUUAAUGUGUUACUUGUUAUUUUUACCUGCUUUGAAUAUUAACACAAAUAAUAGUUCAACAAUUUUAUGAGCAGAAUUGUAACUGCAUUUUUUUGAAAUAAUUAGGAUGAUAUCGGUUUUGAUUUGCAGUCGACAAAAUAAUGCUUCCGCUCUGCAAUUUAAUUGCGAUUUAUCCGAUCUUCAAAGAAGUACCGACAUUUAGUUAGAAACAGUGCGAAAAGAAAACUGAAAAAAAAACUAUUUCUCGUGUGCAAUAAUUUAUAAUGUGAUGAAACUGUUUUAUGAAAUUAGCUAGACUAACAAAUCCAUUUUACAAUGUUGGUCAGUAUUUUAAGAAAUAUAUAAGCUGUUCAAAGUUAGUGGACAUUAUUAGCGUUAGAUGUUGAUCACUCUACAGAAUGUAAAUGUUUUGUUGAUAUUCGGGAUUAUUAUCAUUAAUACCACGACAUUUUGUUCAACCAUUAAUUUUACUGGUAUUAGAAUUUUUUAACAUACUGAGCUUUGAACAACUCAUGUAAAUGAUAUAUUUUUAUUUUCAAAAACUUAUGAUCAUGUUACCAACAGUAUGAUUCAGACAAUCUAAAACAGCAUAAAGGUUGUGGAUAUUAACCGUUUUUUGAGAGAAAGGUAAGACCUUUAGGGUCAUCUUGUUGAUGGUUUCUGUUAACUAGUUUUAUAUUUUACUCCUGACUGUGUUUUUUAGAUGUCUGAAUAGCUGUAGCAUUGGUAACAUUCACACAAGAUGUGUGUAUAUAUAUUGGGGAACAAAAAUAGUUCUUGCAAUGAGAUAAAAAACUAAAAUGAAAUAUAGUGGCAGUUUUAAGCACAAAAGUAUAUACAUAUGUUUUUUGUUGAUACUUUUUAUAAUUACAUUAUAAUCUGAUGUUACAAUUUUUAUAUUUUAUUGUAAUAUUUUUUUUUGCAUUAUUUAUGCACGCAUACUUCUGGAGGCGCAGUCGAAAAGAUAUUCUUAGGACCAGAAAAUAAGUUCAAAAACUUUUAGUAUUAAAAUGAAGCUUAAUUGAGAGUGGAUCUAUAAUAAUUCAUGUGCAAUAUAAAGUAUGUAUUAAUAUUUCCCUGGAAGGGUAGUUUGUCUAUCCAAAGUUCCAUUUUGCUCGAGAGAAAUGUCUAAUAAUUUUCAGAUUUUCUGUUUUUAAAAAAGGUUUUGUUAUAGAUUCACCCUUUAAAAAAUUGAUCUCUUAAUCUGUACAAUUUCAUGACAUUAUUUUAUCGUAUGACUUUGAUUCCUUAGUUAUGGUCCUAUAAUUUGAUGUACUAAGUAGGCCAAACAUUUUUUUGGUGAAAGUUCAUACAUUUAUUUCAACUCCAAGCAUUACUUUCAAAAUGUUAUACCAUCCCAAGUAUGCAGGAUGCUGAAAUGUGUGAAACAUGUAAAUUCACUUAUUUUUGUGAUUACCGUGUGGGACAUAUUAAAUAUCGUGGAAUGUCAGACUAUUUUACCUUUAAGGUGCAGACUACACUAUUUUUCCUGACGAAGUUCGAGAAAGGUACAGUUGACUCCCGAUUAUCCGAGCCGACAUGGCCUGGACCCCCUCUCGGAUAAUUGGCGGUUCGGAUAAUCCGACUUUAUUAUAUAUUUUUUUUUAAAUGGACAAAUACAUGACUGUUCUCAAUUAUUUUAUUGUAAAUAAAGUAGAGUCACAUAUUUCUAUUUAUUAUAGAAAAUUCGACAAAAAGAACUUGGAAAUGUAUGUAGCAUAUAUAAGUAAAAAUAUUAAUAUGCCUUAAAAUAACUGUCAAUACGAGAUUGCUUCUUCUUUGAGUUUCUCUUUCUUGCUGCGUUAUUACUCAGUCUUCUUAAAAGUAAAAGUCUGAUGCGGUGGACUCGGGUUGCUGUUCUACAUACUGUAAGGCUUUGUCUAAAGCAGUAAAGCCAUCGUGAUUUGAAGUACUAUCGACUAUAAUAACCUCUAUACCUUCCUAUUUUUUUUAAGCUGUUUUACUUCUAUGGUCUGAUCAGAGGCAGUUAUUUCCUCUAAAGAAAACUCUUGCUCGUGGUCGGCGACUUUUAAUGUUAAAGCCAGCCGAUUCUCGUGCUUGACUGACCCAGUAGACAUCUUUUAAUUUAAUCUGCGCAGAGAUGUGGCAAGGUCGUCAGUUUCUGUUAAUUGCAACACAUGUCCAAGAAACAACCGUAUAUAAUUCUUCUUCAGGUUUUCAAGAACACCUUGAUCCAUGGAUUGUACAAGGCUGGUGACGUUUGGCGGCAAAAAUUUAACAGUAAAUUUACCUACACGAAGAUCUCCGGGAUGUGAUGGGGCAUCCAUAAGCAAAAGAGCCUUUAUUGGGAGUUUGCGAUUCUUCAAAAUUUUCGUCAGUGGAACAAACUGCUCUUUAAACCAAACAGUAAACAACUUCGCAUCCAUCCAAGCACUUUUUGAUAAACUGGAAGUGCAUUUGGAGAAAUAUUUUUUAAGGCUCUUGGAUAGGUUGUGUGUGUGUACCUGACGCAUUCGCACAGGCUAUUAGAGUAAUCCUCUUUUUACUCGGUUUAAGACCUGAAGCUGCCGUUCCCUGUUUUGAUGCUAGUGAACUUUGAUGGAAGCAACUUAAAGUUAAGACCAGUUUUCACCACAAUUAUAGACUUGGACCAAUGUAUAACCUUUUAUUAGAAUUUUAAAUGUUUACUAAAAAAUUGCGUCAGCAUUUUUAUCUGCUACAAACUUUUAACCAGAUACAGCUAACUGUCGCACACCAUAUCUCUUCUUCCAUCGAGUAGGCCAACCAUCACUGGCCAUAAAAUGGUCUGGAAAUUCCCUGGUUAUCAUGACGGCUUUUUGUUGUAAAAUUGGUCCAGCAAUAGGAACACCUUUUGCUCUUUGUUGCGUAAACCAUGUAAACAGUAUUCGAUUAAUUUUCAAUAUCUUCAGUAUUCUUCGGAUUUCUUCUCCAAUCCGCAAUUUGCCUACCCCAUAUUCCCUUGCUAUUGCUGCCACUGAUUCACCAGCCUUUUGAUGACUUUUAACUGUUACAACUUUUUACUUUUUCCCAUCCUUUAUCUAGGACUUAUUAUUGAAAUGUCGUAACAAUGCACACACGCCCGUAUGCCCCGUUCAGCACCAAAUGACAGCGAACUAAAUCCCCGAUCGUCGACUUCUGAUGAUGCGACAAUUCGGUGAUUCCCCGUAAAGAACAUGCUAUUUACACGUGAAACUCGAAUAAUACGGCGGCUGUUUCGGUUAAUGCAGAUUAAGCUUAUUACUUUUUUGCAGUAUGUAUGUAGGAAUCAUUCGGUUAAUCCGGCCAUUGGAAAAUCGGGAGUCUACUGUACGAUACUAAAUAGGUUGUAAUAUGCGCAUGAUCUGUGCCAACAGUGCUGUGUAUUAGAGUACAUAGCUUUUGACAUGAGAGCAGUGUCGUUACUUCACCUUAAGAUGUUGCAACUCACUUUGUAUACCAGGUUUAUGAUGUGCAACACCAUCUUUAGGACAUGGUAAUCGCAAAUUGGUGGGAUUCGAACCAAUAACUUUGGAAAUCGGUAUUUAUUUUUUAUUUAUUUAGUUUAUGUUUUAUUAAAAUGUGAAAAAUCAGACGGAAUGAGUUGUGAAGCAUUCCAAUUUGUUAAAUGGCUUUUUCUUUGUUUUAUUUAUACAGGUGCUAAAAUAUGCACCUCAAUUUUAUGACAAACGUUUUCGUUCUUAUAUUUUAUUAAAAAUCGAUUUCCAUAGAAGAUAUGAAGUUGCAUUAGAAUUUGUCGAAUUAUCAUUUUUGGCCUACUCUAAGCUGUUAAACAUUAUUUAUUAAUAUUGUAUCUUAGUUUUAUCAAUAGUCUCCUUUGUUCUCUCGUAUUAUUUUUUCGCAGUAAAAAGCGUUUCUGUAUUUAAAAACACUCCCUUUAUUUUUUACUAUUUUUGCAAUAACAAUCAUACUUACUGGUUAUGUACUUAUAAAGUUGUUGAUUUUAUAUGUUAUGUAGUAAAGAUGCUUCUGACGCAUUAUAUAUCAUUUGCAUUUUACAUCUCCUAAUAGGGAUUUUCAGGAAUCUUAUUCACAGAUUUAGCUUUCAUUGUUUUGUUGUUCGAAGUUUUUUACAAUUCAUUGUCAAAAAAAGUAUGCUACAUAUUUUGCAUGUUGCAUUUAUAUCAAAUCAUCAAAUCUCAUUGAUCAAUCAAGUUAUAUUAACCAUGAUUAUGAGAUCAAAAGAAAUCAAAACAAUGAAAGUACCUGCUUUGGAAAACCAUCGUUUUUACUAUCAAUCAUAUUAUUUUUUUAAUGUCAAAUAUCCUGUUAGGAGGUUUCAGAUCAUGUUUAACAUGUUGCCCACAGAAAUUCCUAUGUAUAUGCUUUAACACGAUUAAUUUUUUAAGUGUAUAACGUUAAUUUGUUUUUAUUUGCUAUUGCAUAGGUAUUUGGUAGGUUUACCACAAUAAAUAUAAUACUCUUAA